CAAAUGAGCAGUUUUAUUAUUAGGAACUUGAGAACAGUUUCUUCGGCUCUGCAAUAAAAAUAACAACAGACCUCGCGAAAAAUACUAAUCGGGCUCCAAACCUAAAAACUUAAGAAUCCCAAAUACUGGCCAAAACUAAUUUCUUGUGUCAUUUGCACUACGUUUCUUUUCAAUUUUGUUUCGUUCUUUCGAUUAAAAACACCAUUCUCCAUUAAAAGCGACCUUUUCUAACUUAUCAUAUUUUCCCAUCUUCUCCUUACAGUGAACAGGAAAUACAGAAACUGCUGUGUUCAUAAAUUUUAGGAACUUUUUCCCGCCCUUGCUACACGUGUGUGUGUCGUCACCCUCUGUCGCACUAUCUCUCUCUUUCGCGCGCGCACUCUAUCUCAAUUUUCGUUUGUGCUUCUCUAUCUCGUUUCCCCGUGUAAGAAAAAAACGUGAUUCAACGUUCUUCAUUCAAUAUUUGCGACCGUGACGAACCGAUUGUGUUGUGAAAUAGAAUCGCUGAAGCGCAGUCAGUGAUCAGUGAGCGACGACCUGUGGUGUAUUGUGUGAAAACUAUUAGUUUCUUUUGAAACACAGUGUUAAGGUUUUAGUUGUGCGUCUGAAACAACAACAACAAAAGCAGCGACCAAGACAAGAUGGCGGCUUUCAUUGCUAAGCAGAUGGUCGGCAGUCAGCUGAACGCUGUCAAAGGAGCUGCCGGAGGCGCUGUAGGCGGCGAUGGCGGUGACGAUGAGAACGACAAAGAGAAGGAGGAGGAGGCCGAGCGCGAACGUCAGGAGGCGAUCCGCGAAGCCGAAGAACGACGAAAGGAGAAACACCGCAAGAUGGAGGAGGAGCGGGAGAAGAUGCGACAGGAAAUCCGAGACAAAUAUAACAUAAAGAAAAAGGAGGAAGUGGUCGAACAGGCACCCCAGGAGGAACCCAACCCGCUGAUGCGGAAAAAGAAAACGCCCGAAGAGCUGGCGGCCGAGGCGGAACAGGAGGAUCUGGACGACUUCACAAAUGGCGACCCGUCAAGCGGUAAUAGAAAGUUGAAAAACUCCAUAGAGACGCAGGUGAACGAGAUCAAAACGCAGAUCGAGGGAAAAUGCUCCUUACAGUGAUUAUUCAUCAUCCGUAUUCAGCAGUAUAUUCAAUAAUAUUAACUCUAAUUUAAAGAAAUAAAAAGGAAUAACAGAAAUAAGCAGAAUGCAAAUAUUAUAGAACAAAAAAAAAAACAAAAUAGUAAUUAUUUAAAGAAAGUGAAACCACAUGAAAAACAAAUGAUUAAAACAAAAAAAAAGUAUUUAAAUGUAAAGUUUUAAAUUGAAAAAUUCAACAGAGAAAAAAACCAACAGAAAAAAAACAAAAACCCAUAAUGUAUAAGCAGCAUUAUUCACCACCACCACAACCACACUCACAAACGAAAACACGCAACCAACGACAGGCAAUCCAGAUGAGCAACAGAAACCCAACCAUUACCGGCACCGUUUGAAGCGUAAAACCCAUGUAAUAUGAGUGUGCGAACACCACACAAGCCGCAACAUCAACAACAACAGCAAAUAGCGACGACGACACAAGCAGCACCAUCACGAUCACCACCAUCACCAAUAGGAACAGUAACAAAAAGCAUUGUUUAAAACACACAACAUGGAAACAUCACAAAGCAAAAGGAAGAAGCUCAUGUAAGUUCAUUGAAUCCAGAAAAAAAACGCGAUACACAAUAGAGAGCAGAUGCAAAUACAUUGUUAAAUAGGGACACCCAGGUGAAUCAACUGAUUAAGAAAUAAAAGUGAAGAAAAAUGUGAUUAUUCAAAAACAAAACAAAAGAGAAAAACAUAAAAAAGGAGAAGCAUUUACCUUUUCGAUUUUCGAGUCUUUCCGUUCGAAACCGUUUUUCGUUGGUGUAAGGAACAGAAGUUUAGACGCUAAAUCAAACAAAACAAACUAGAAUUGCUUCGCAGUAUUCGUGUGCCAGAACAAAAUGGAUAGAACGCACCAGCAAAGAUCCACCAGGAACGGAACGAUGAACAAGCGACAAGCAUUUGUGAUAAAAAGCAUGUUUGUUUGUAGUUGAGAUAAAAUUAGAAACGCAAAUGAGGAGGAUUUGUAGCUACGAUCCAGAGAAAGGAUUUCCUGUAUUCUUAGGUCCCUUUUUUUAAGUUUGGUUUCCAAUGGUUUUUAAAAAUAAAAGAAAAAAGGCAUAUGCCAUUCCAAAUAAACUAAAAACGGAAAACAGUUUAGAACAAUGAAUCUAACUAAACUCUUAGCGUUAGUACGAGUCAUAUAUAUUUAGCUUGAAAUUCGUUGAAAGUUUGGCAAAUGUUGUAAAACAAAGUUAUAAGCCUCUGGUUGAUAAAAGAGAACCGAAAAAUGUACUCGAUACAAACCUUAGGUAAACUGCUCCUUUUGAACACAUGAAGAAACAGUGCCGAGUAUUCCAAGCGUUUAUUAUUAAAACUAGUAAAAGAAAAACUCGAAAGUAAUCACAUUGGCAGUAGUUUACAGGUUAUUUGCUGUUACUAGUUGAAUUUUUAUUUAACGAGAAAUGUUGGAAGAGUAUUGUGUUUAGUACGAUACAUCAAUAGAAGAAGCAGUCGUUCAUCCCAAAUUCCCAGCUCCCGAGCCAGAGGAGAAAUAGAACGCGUUUAUCGCCAUCGAAUUGAUGUGUUUCUAAGAAUAUUUUUCCAAGUGCACUUCGAGACUUUAUUCAGUCUCUUUGAAUGAACAAAAAAUCACCAACCCAAGUGCACCCCAGACAUUAAAUGCUAAUACUUGACUUCUUUGGAUGAAAUGCUUCCUCCUUUUCUGUCGCCUGGUUCUAUUUCAUGUCAUAACCUAACAUUUUUUGUGGCCAUAGCUCUGCUUCAUCAGUCUCAAUUUUGCUUCAUAACAUUCUUAAUCUCGAUAAACGAUUGAACUGUGCUACGGGAAAGUUGAAGCAGUGGUGUACGACUGACAACAUUGUUCAUCUGCCAUUUUUGACAGAUACAAGUGUUACAGAGAGUAAAGCUUUCCUGGUGUUGAAUAAUUUCUAAUUGUUUAAUGAAUUUUUAAAAUUUCAGAUAUCGAUGUACAUUCUUCUCUGUUUCAAAAUUGCAUGGAUUCUGAUUUUCUCAGCAUUUUCUAUUCUCCACGUCUAUUCAUCGGAUAACAGUACAACCAGAACUUCAUUCGCGAUCUCUUACUGCACCCGUCGUAUUCUGUUGAAUGUUUAUGUCGCGCUCAUUGAUGUCGUGUCGCUAGUAGUAAAUGUAUUGAUAACAAAGGCAAAAAGCAAAUACGUUAAUCUACUGACAGCAGCGAAACUCAAACGGUUUUAUCUGUUGAUCUGUUGACAACCACCCAAAACAACAACAACACAUUACAGCUAGUAAACAAAAACAAACAGUAUGUUUAUCUCUCUAUCCUAUCGUUAGAAAUCAUUGAUUAGCAGAAAACGAAAGCAAAUAUUGAAUGAAAUUAGCGAAAAACAAACUCAUAAUCUCUUAACAUUUAUCUUCAAAUUCUCUUCCUAACUAUUGAAAACAAACAACUUUCCCAAAACCAAUCGGCUUUACCUAGAGUAAAGUGCAGUGUUCUGUUUCUGUAUGUACUUCAUCUGAAAAUCUUUACGCAACACAACUAUAAUCAGGUUUCCACAUGCAGAAAAAUUUCUUCAAAAGAGAAACGCUUACAGCGCUUCCCUACCAUUUCGAAUAGAGAAACUCAGUUUCGAAUUCACAGUGUAUCGAAAUCACAAACACAGCUUUCACAUUGUAAACCCAGACAAGGAAGAAACCCGAUCGAAUAACCCAGCAAUGACAGUUAAGCGAAAAUGAAAACAAGACAACGUUUGUUUAUAAUUGUUGAAGAGAAUUAAAUGAAAAAGUUACACAUUAAAAAUAAAACACAAAAAACUGUUAAACCUCUGUUUUAUUUGUUUCCAUCGCUUUCAUCACCCGGACACGUCACCGGCACCAUGACACAUUUACAUCAAUAACUAUACAUUCUUCACCACAGGUCCCCCAUCUUCAACUACAUAUAUAGAGAACAUUUCUGAAAUGUGCUACUGACGCAAGGACUGAUUGUUCGCGUCAGAACAUUUCCACCGCAAAAAUUCACCACCAUUAGCUUCUGCGAGCAGUUCUCGCGCAUCAAAAAUAACAAUUCACCACCAUAGCUCGAGUGAAAUAAAAAGACAAGAAACAUUCAAAUACAAUAUGUGUGUCAAUUAUUAUUACCAUUAAAAGAGGAAAAACGAUAAAAAUAUAUAUAUUUAGGAAUAUAACGAAAAACCUACAAGUAGAACAGCAUUAUCUGGAGUUGCGAAAAGAGCAAAAGAAUGGAAUUUUACCGCACUUGAGACGUGAUUGGCUUUAUCAUACACUUAUCCAAGCACACUCACAAAGUUGAGAAAAGUGUCAAAAGUAUCAUCGUCGCAGUCAAAAACACUCAAGUUGCCCUCUAGUGCGACGAAAUUGCAGGAACGCUCCGGUGUGACAAUUUAUCAGAGGAAAUAUUAUUGCAUCUUCCAGUUAUGCAGCAGUUGAACAGUAAAACCAUUUAUAGUAGCGUAUAUCAAUUUAGCAGGAACCCAAUUGGCCGGUCUUGAAUCGCAAACCGCAAAUCCUAGCCAGAGAAUCUUAUCUACAAAUGCACCAUAAAAUGUAACAUUUAACAUCGUUGAUCUUUUUGUUAAAGUUGCAAUCUCUAUUUUAGUUGUCUCGUUAGUUGAUUUACGCUAUCUUAAUGCACCGCAUCUCCUGAAAAAGAAUACUAAAAUAUUCAUUCUAACGGAUUCUACGCCGCAAGUAUCAUUCUAAAACAACUAUCUAACCUAACAUACCAAUGCUAAAUCCAACACACGAAAACACAAACAAUACACCAUUGAAUCGAAAUCACUCACUUAUCAGCUACUCCUAUUGUUCUUUCCUCCUUUCAAAACUAUAACUUCAGAAAAGAAUUAACAGAGAACCCACACAAAUCCAAUAACAGAGUAAAACAAAAGCAAUGAUGCCUAGCACGGGGCCCUGAUUUAUCCCGCGCGCGGUCAUACUUAUAAUCCCUUAAGCGAAAACAAAAAAAAAAUACCAAAGACGACAAGAACGCUAAAACCUAAGUAAAAUUGAGAAAUGAGUAAAAUCAGAAUAAUGGAAAUUAAUAACAACUGCAAGGAAAUAUCAAUUUUCAAUAUCAAGAGUGUGACAUAACCAAAGCAUGAAGAGAAAAAUGAAAGCAAGCAACACCUCCCAAUCAUUUCCCUCAGAAUGCAAAUAAACCGAGAAGCGUCUUUGAUGUU